UUCUCCUGGGUGGAAUUAAUUUUACGUUUUGAGUCGUCCCGAGCCAAUAGCCUGACGUAUUUUGUUUAACUAUGAUAGUUAUAUUGAUAUAUCCUGAUCACUAAACGAAUAACUAUUUGGAGCCAUACAUAUAUAAACAGUCGACUGCCCAUACAAUUCUUUCCAGUAAACAUCUUCUACUGUUUCCUUUUCUUCCCAUUCAACCAGUUACCAUGACAAGUCACCUUCAAGUCGACGUGUAUGUCGCACCAGCGAUACCGAUAGCGAAUAAUCACCCAGAUCCAUCGAAAAAAUGGUUCUCCCCAAUCUGCUGCACCCUCAUUCAAGGCCCUACCUCCGCCGUCCUGGUCGAUACGCCCCUGACAGUCGAACUCUCCCAAGGACUAGCCGAGUGGAUUAAGAAGACGGCACCGGAGAAGAAACUUCUCUUCAUCUAUACCACCCAUGCCCACGGAGACCAUUUUCUGGGUAACCCGGUCCUCCGACACCACUUUCCCGAGGCCAAGUGUGUAGCGACUUCGUCAGUCGUCAGCGGCAUUCAGAAGGGGUGGCCUGGUAGUGUGGAUAAGUGGAGGAAGAUGUUCCCAGACGACCAGGUAGCAGAAAACCAGGCUGUCCCCGACCCGCUCACGACAGGAGGCGAGUUUGAAAUCGACGGAUAUGGUUUCUUCGGCGUCAAUGUGCCACAUUCCGAUACAGAGGCUUCGUCGUUUCUGCAUGUGCCUGACCUACGAUUAGUCGUUUGUGGCGAUAUCGUCUACGGCGACUGUUAUCAAUAUCUCGGAGAGGCCAACACGGCAGAGAAAAGGAGAAAGUGGUUGGAGGCUCUAGAUCAGAUCGCGGCCUUGGACCCGCACAUUGUUGUACCUGGUCAUAAACGGGCAUCACAGGCAGAUGGGUCGUAUCUGAUUGCCGCGAUGAAGGAAUAUAUUAUCGCAUUUGAAGAUGAGCUGAAAAAGGCCGGGAAUGCGAGUGAGCUUGAGCAGGCGAUGCUGAUGCGGUAUCCCCAGCGGUGGAACAAGUUUCUCUUGGAGUGGAGCUGCAAAAGCUCGGUGGAUGAGUUAUUGGCCUAAGCGCAUGUGAAUGACAUGGCGCAUAUGUUUGUAAUUCAUACAUGAUGAGAAGCAUAGCUAUCAAUACUUCCAUGGAGACACCAAUCAAUGUGAUUUCCAGCAACCGAAAAAAGGAUUACUGAACCCGAGCCGGGUGGGACUCAAACCCUGUCAUCGGCCAAUGAAGUCUUCGGGAGAAAGAGUCACUGACGAAUAGAAAAGUCAUUGUGGCUUCGACAGCUUACCAAUCAUACGAUUACGCUGCAAUUGAAGAACAGUUCAUAUUUGAACUCCAGCGUGGCAACACUCACUGCCGACCCCUCUUUCUUUCGUCCGCAGGAAUGCCAUCUUCGACACAUUCUCAACAUCAUGCCUUAGAACGAGACUCAGAACGACUCAUAAAUGUCAUCCCCACUCACUCCGCUCGGGUCUAGCCCGUCAGAUCUAGAUCCCACACCAGAACUGACCUCUUUGCUUUCCG